GGUUUUCCCCAGGGGGAAGCUUUUCUGGUGCCCUGUGCCCAUGGUGCCAGCGCCUGCCCCCUGCCCUCGCUUUGGAACCUCCCCGGCUCCUGCAGCUCCCCCUCCCUCAUAGCCUGCACCAGGCCCUGGGCCCCCUCGGGCCCUCUCCCAGCACUUCCCCCCUUGGGCCAGCACUGCCGAGUAACGGGCCCGAGGGGCCUGGAUGGGUGGGAUUGUGGAGCUGCUGCUGGCAAAGCCCCUAGGCUGCUGCGGUGCCUUCUGCACAUGGACGUCAGGUGGAAACAGCCCUUUAGCUUCGUCUCUUCGCUCUCCAGCGUGACCAACGCGAGUGAAGUCUGGAGCACCGAUUUCAGCCCGGAGAAGCUGGAAGAACAUGCGGCCCAGAGUGGGAUGUCUCCUGGCGAUUACAGCAGCAGGUUCAGAGAAGCCUCUGAGCGCCGAGCCAUUACCCUGACGGUGCAGGACAGCAAGGCCACCUUGCAGCUGAAGGAAGGAACCUGGAGCUUGACCUUCGACCUGUUCAAGCUGCCCUGCUCUGAAGCCAGGAAACAGCUGGAGGCCCUGAUGUUUGGCUUAGUGGGGUGUGUCAGCAGCCUGGAGAAACGCCUGGCAGCCGCAGAGGACGCUGCUGCUGCUGCUGGGCCGUGCAGUCCGGAGAAGAGCCAAAGGCUGCUGAUCCCAGGUACGGGUGGGGCCGGGCUGCCGUUUGUGCCACGUACCGUGCACUUGACACCACGGCUCCCCGUUAAUUGCCUGCCCUCCCCCCGCCUUAGUGCCAGGCCGGGCUCACAGGCUGCCACGGCUCCAGGGAAUUGAAGUCCCCUUCGAUGGCGACACUAACUCAGCCACGUGGCACGUGCCGUGCCUGACACCCAUGACGUGUCCCCUACGGGCCAGCGUGGCUCUGGCGUCCCUCCCCGGGGCUCUGGCAUGGGAACGUUGCUGGGCACAAACGAUCCUGCUCUCCAGCCAGGGCUGCUCCAUCAUCCUGUUGACAGCCCGGAGCUCCCUUACUGCUCCCCAAGGCACCCACCGCGGGGACAGAACUGGGACCCGCCUGCCCCAAAGCCC